GCUUCCGGAUGCGGUGAAACAGCGGAGGAGCAGAAAAACACCGCGCGGACAUGGAUUAAUUAAAAUGACAAGAAGCGACACGUAAAGUCGGAGGACACACCAGCACCGUACAACAUGGUUUCACGGAGACAAAUGCUGUCGCUGGAAGCUGCGUGUUAGCGGCGUUUCACCGUCUGACGGUCCGUUAACGAGCCUAGUUUCACCGUGUUUAUGUCGACCUGCUAGCUUAAGCCAGCGCAGCUUUAGCAGACAAACAGCGUCUAUCUUGAGGAGAUAAUGUGACCUGCCGGGUUUUUGAUCUAUAACAGCAGGAAACAGUGCGGUGCCUGUUUGAAUACAGCUAAGAAGAGUUUGCUUUGGUCUCUUUGGGGUACGGACGCUGUUGCUGGUUCUUCUCACCGACAUCACAACAUUUGUUGUUUUGAAUCGCCCAGGACUCUUUCGGGAAUCUGAAAUCAGCUUUUGUAGCCUGGAACGAAAUGGGUGUCAUGUGGACUUCAGUCAGCACAAAGACAACAGAGCAGACACUCCGUAAAUAACACUUCCUUCCACUACUUUUCCCCCGUUCUGCUGACAGGGCGCAUAAACUGCAUCCUGUGUUUGGAUUUCGCUGAAGUGAAGGAAAGCUUCCUUUUUUUCUUUUUAGUGUGUUAUUUAUUUUUGUUUGCUUCAGUGCGACUUAUUUUUUUGCUUAUACUAAAAUCUUCAGCUCAACAGUGAAAGAUGAAUGGCCUCUCUCUCAGUGAGCUCUGCUGCCUGUUCUGCUGCCCGCCUUGCCCGAGCCGCAUUGCAGCCAAGCUCGCCUUCCUGCCCCCGGAGCCCACGUACGCCUUUCUGCCAGACCCGGAGGCAGGCCUCGCGGCACCAGGGGGAACAGGGACGUCGAGCCUGCGGGCACGGAGCGGAGCAUCAGUUGCUGGAAGCGGAGGUGCAGGGGCUGUGGAGGGAAGAUGGAAGCUUCACCUGACAGAGCGAGCAGAGUUCCAGUAUUCUCAGAGGGAGCUGGACACAACAGAGGUGUUCCUCGCUCGAUCCACCCGAGGAAACAGAGUCGGCUGCAUGUACAUUCGUUGCGCUCCUAAUGCCAGAUUUACAGUGCUGUUCUCCCAUGGCAAUGCAGUCGACCUCGGCCAGAUGAGCAGCUUCUACAUCGGCCUUGGAACACGCAUCAACUGCAACAUCUUCUCCUACGACUACUCAGGCUACGGCGUCAGCACUGGCAAGCCCUCUGAGAAGAAUCUCUAUGCAGACAUAGAUGCUGCCUGGCAUGCCCUGCGCACACGGUAUGGCAUAAGCCCAGAGAACAUCAUCCUGUAUGGACAGAGCAUUGGUACAGUUCCCACUGUCGACUUGGCGUCGCGGUAUGAGUGUGCCGCCGUGGUUCUUCACUCACCUUUAACAUCUGGUAUGAGAGUGGCCUUUCCUGAAACAAAGAAGACCUAUUGCUUCGACGCUUUUCCCAACAUUGAGAAAGUGUCCAAAAUAACUUCUCCAGUGCUCAUCAUCCAUGGGACAGAGGACGAGGUGAUCGACUUCUCCCACGGCUUGGCCCUGUUCGAGCGCUGCCCCAAGGCUGUGGAGCCUCUCUGGGUGGAAGGAGCGGGACACAACGACAUUGAACUGUACAGUCAGUAUCUGGAGCGCCUGCGCCGCUUCAUAGGACAGGAGUUGGCGGUACAACACGCCUAACCAUCACCACUGCAAUCAGCCUCGUCAUCUUUUUUUCCUGGUCCACUUAAAGCCUCACCUCUCUGUGUCCAAGAUGGAAAUCUGUCCAAGAGUCAUCUAAACCGUCCCUCAGCUUACCGAUGCUUCCAGGAGUGUCAUGUUCAACGUAUUUUAGUGCUUCGUUUUCGGGGCGUAGUUUGCCUGUAAAGGACCGUGGAUCUGUGAGCCGCAGAGGAAUGGAGCAGUGUGUGACUGCGAAAGACUUGUUUUAUAGCAAGGACUUUAACACUACAGCUGCUAUGUGUUAUGUGGUAGCAGAUGUAUUCUUAUACUGUGCAAUAACAUGGACGGUGUCCAAAAGAAAAAGGCUUUUGUUGAUAUUAGAUGAAAAAGAGUUAAAAGAACAAACUGAGAAGUAAUCACGGAGGUCAACUACAUCAUGGUCCACAUGGACAGACUCUUGCAAUUUUCCAGCCUAUAGUUUGUUUAGCUUUAAUUUCUGCUGUUAACCCAAGUUAGCAGAUUAAUAGAGAAGCAUGGAAGGCACCUUCAUUAGAGGACUCUCCGUGUUCUGAGAUGGGUUGGGGAAUAUUUUCUAAUAAUUCUUAAAAUGGCACACAAGUUUGUAAAGAUGCUCUUUACAUUGAAUUACCACUUUCUAUUAGUUGCACCUGUAAAGUCAAACGCAAUCCAGAAGUGUUGAUUUAAGGUGCUGUCUUGUCAGUUUUUUAGUUUCUGUUUGGUGUAGCAUUGGACUGCAUUAUAUUGGAAGGUGUUUCUAAUAUUCUGCCUCCCUCAUAUAUGUCCUUUUAAGGGUGGACAAAACUGGUGAUUCGUAUAUAUUCCUGGGAAAAAAUAAUACAUCCAUGGAUAUAAGUUUGGAUUUUGAGUCUUCAAUUUUGUUUUUAUUGUACUGAACUUUUUGCUCAGGUAACCCUCUUUUAGACAUUAGGGUCAGUGUCUUCCACACUUCUUUGUUUUGUAUGUGGUCGGCUAAAUCUCCUCGCAUCUUUUGAGCAAAAAUUUCUAAUAGCUUUCAGUUUUAACUAAGUAAAGAACCAGACUCUGUCACUAAAACUGAGGUACACCCCAACACAUCUGUAUCCCAGUACUGGACUGGGAUCAGCUGUGUUAAAGGGGGACAAAAGUUCAAGAGCCUCAAAAGGAAAAUACCUCCCGGUCUGUCAUUUAAUGGAAUGUCUGAGAGUCUGUUAGUCCUGUCCGUUUUGUUUUAGUCUAGUUUUUGUCUCACACCAGUAGGUCACAGCUGUCAACACUGUUUCUCUCAGUGUCUGGAACAAGAGAAGCAACACUAAAGUUAAACAGGCCUUGGUCGUUUCCCUCCAGCCUGUUUUUAUCCUCUUCUGUGUUUAUAUCCUCAAAUCUUUUUGACACCCUUAUUUGCACUCCAUCUAAAGGGACGUUUUUAUCAGUGUAGGUAGUGAAUUACCGGUCAGGUUUCUAAUUUUAAUGAUUGGUGAUUUUCACAUUCUGAUAAUAACAAGCAUUCCCUCCGUUAUUCAGAUAAGCACAGACAUGUUAUUAUCACAACAGUAACAUAGUUCAUUAGUUAUUUUACAGCUUUGGCAGCAGUAGAGGUCACUAAGAAGCUCUUCUGAGACACUUUAGAAAUUCAGCAGGUGAGCAGUGUUGGCACUGCUUCUCUGUCAAACACAGUGACGUUACUGUCCACUGCCAUUCUGUGCUGUAGUGUCACAAAAAACUCAGUAAGCUUUGUGUAACUAGAUCAUCUCUUCAGACCUCUGUCCUCUCUGGUUUACAGUCUUUCUAACAACUGCCUAUUAUAUUUGUUUGUCUAUGCAUACAGGUCCAGCAUAGUACUUAAAUAUUUAACUUAUUGAUUUUGUUUCACAGUACAAGUGAUGCUGUAGCUGAAAAUGAGGUUUGUGUAACAGCUUAAAACUUAAGUGUGUUGUUUUUCCCUUGUGGCUAAUUGAUCUUUUUUUGCGCUGAUUAUUUGAAGAAAUGUCACUUACACAGCUAAUUGGCCCACUCUGCUUCACAAACUUUUUUUUUCUGUAAAGUAUUGCAAUUGAAGAGAAUUGGUACAUGAUAAUAUCAGUGCAAAUCAUUGUAGGUUAACUCCUGAAAAUCAUUUUCAGGCUCACUUUUGCUCACCAUGACAGAAUCCUGAUAAUUACAAGCGCAGUCUGAAAUGUUUCUGUUAAUGUUGUAUUCAGUUUGCCACCAAAGUUUGAAACCAUAACCAAAAUUCAUGUAUUUGUAGCUAAAAUGUAAGAGAAACAAGUGUUUCUAUCAAACUGAGUUGUUGUUUUUGAAUCUUAGGCACUGAGCGUCGCAUUGUUAGACUCCUGUUCUAUUUGUUUGAUUAUUUUUGAAGAGAAGUCAGGAUUUUUAGGCUUUUGUGCCGAUGUAUGAACCAAAGUCAAGAAUUUUUAGUGCUUUACCCAGUGUACCUGCUGUUUUUUGUAUCUUCAUAAGCAAUAUUGAAAAUUCUUUUAUCAACUUUUUAUUUAUCUAUCUUGAUAUUUUUCCACCACAUGUUUGGAUACAAAUUCAUUGUAAAUUUCUCAGCUUGCUAAAUAAUUCUAUUUUAUCAUAUCACGUCUACUUUCCGAUACGCAGGAGCAGAAUACCAAUACUAGAAAUUAACCAAACUGUGUGUGUGUUUUUCGAGCUGUUUAUAAUUUAUGGUUUGUGCAGGAGUUCAACUAAGCAAUGCAGCAAAGUCAUGUGUGUUUAGAUACGCUCAGAGGAAAAGUGAUGAAAGAAGAAUAUUGACAGGAGCUUCGAGCAAAGACAUGAAAAGCUUUGUUUUUAAAAUAACUGUCUUAUUCAAGCGUGUGGGUUUCUGUUGAGGAGGUAUCAUUUUCAGCAUCACACAUUCUUAUCCAUUGUUUAUUAUACUGACAAAUGUUUAGUUUUUAAAAGAUAUUGUCUUUUUUCCAAGAAUAAGUUAAUAAAACAUAAUCAGAAGUUGAUAA